GCGCAUCGCUAUACGCUGCCGCCGCCUGCCCGGCGACCUACCGCCUCGCCGGAUCUGUCUCGACUCGCCGCCGGCCGAACCCCUCCCAACUCUGUUGAUAAGUAUUCUUUGUUGGGAGGCUCGAGCCGAGUUCCUCGCCUGCAGUGCAUCCGCUCACGCUGCCUAGUCCUUCGCCGCGCGGCGGCGGCGGCGGGUUUUUCCCCUCCCAGGCCUCGAGCAUCUUCAAGUUUGCGUGCUACGCGAUGGAGCCGGAGGCAAGGCCCGCGCCUGACCCCAACGACGCGAGGCAGCGGUUCUUGUUGGAGCUUGAGUUCGUCCAGUGCCUCGCCAACCCUAUCUACAUCCACUAUCUAGCACAGAACAGAUACUUUGAGGAUGAGGCGUUUCUCGGGUAUCUCAAGUAUCUCAUGUAUUGGCAGCGUCCGCAGUACAUCAAAUACAUAAUGUAUCCGCACUGCCUUUUCUUUCUUGAGCUCCUCCAAAAUGCAAAUUUCCGAAAUGCAAUGGCACAUCCAGCAAGCAAGGAAGUUGCUCAUAGGCAGCAAUAUUUCUUCUGGAAAAACUAUAGGAACAAUAGGCUGAAGCACAUCUUACCCCGCCCUCCUCCUGAACCAACUCCCGCACCUGCACCUGCACCAGCAACUGUGCCUGCAGCAGCACCAGUGCCAUCACCUGCAGUUCCGCCUGUUGCUGCACCACCAUCUUUGCCACCUAUGUCAGCAGUUGGUGCAUCUGCAAUGUCUCCAAUGCAGUUUGCUGGAACCCCUGGCACCAAUAUCCCAAAGAAUGACAUGAGAAAUGUCAUGGGUGGACAGGGUGGUAGAAAGAGAAAGAUGGGCUAGUGGAACAUGCUGGUCAACUUAACAGAGGACAGCAUUAUAUGCAAGUGAUUUAUCUUAAAGAUUUUUCUGUCUUUAGGCUUUUAUUUUGCAGACAGUUUAGAAUCUAACAUGUAUUUUGUGCUGGAGAUGUAAUUUAGAUAGCAAAUAUGUCCUGAACGCUUGGUCCUUGAACGACUGGCUCAAUUAUCUGGUCUUGUAAGUUAGAUAAAAAAAAAUUUCACCGGAAAUUUCGAAAUUUAUCGAAAUGCCAGAGAACACUAUCAGCCUA